AUUAUGUUACCGUUAAUGAAAAUGCUGCCGAUCCACCGGUUGAAACCGGAGAUAAAGAUAACAUCAAUUCACCCGUUGCACUUUCAAUGGAAGCAACGAUCAUUAAUCAUUGCUUUGCUAUGCAAGCAGUUAAUGAGUCAGAAAAGUAUGAAUUUGAGAAACCAAAUCCUUUUGCUAGUUCUGAUGACUUAGAAUUUAUGGCACCAUGCGCUUAUCGCUAUCGUCGGUUCGAUCUCGGGAUUAGCGAAGAAGAAGACGUACGUCUUAUUGUUCGUACGCAGUUAGAUUCGGUUGUAAAAACUCCUGCAGGUGAUGAUUCAUUUAUCACCAUAAAAGCUUUGAAUGAAUUCGAUUCUCGUUCUCAAGGUGCAGGUGGAGCAUUAGAUUGGCGGCAAAAAUUAGACACACAGCGAGGUGCUGUUGUUGCUACUGAAAUGAAAAAUAAUAGUUGUAAAUUAGCUCGAUGGGCAGUUCAGAGCAUUUUGGCUGGUGCAGAUCAGAUGAAAUUAGGUCCAAAAGAUAAUCGUCGUCAUGUGAUAUUGGGCACACAAUAUUAUAAACCUCGGGACUUUGCCGCGCAAAUGAAUAUGUCAGUUUCUAACGGAUGGGGUAUUGUGCGAACUGUUAUAGAUCUUUGUAUGAAGUUACCAGAGGGCAGAUACGUAUUACUCAAAGAUCCAAACAAGCCUGUAGUUCGUCUGUAUUCUGUUCCUCCAAACACUUUUGAAGUGGAAGAUACCCUUGAUGAAGGAGAUGAAUUAGAGGAGGAUGAAGAUGAUUUAAUUGAGACAAGAUA